CGUUUAAAUUGUAAUGCAUUUUAUUAUAAAUACUCUAUAUACGUGGAACCGAUGAUAAAGAUAUAUGAGAAAUAUCUUUUUUCAUAUCAAUGUGAGCUGUUUAUUUAAAUCUCACACUCAUCCAUUCAGGAUGAUUACGAAUAGGACUGUAUGCGUUUUUAUCCUUUUAACAUUAUACGAAAUGUUAUAUGCUACUCAAAAUUAUAAUGAUAUAGUCGGCUAUACGGACAUAAAAAAUGAAAACAUACUCAAAAAGCAACUUCUUUCAGAGAAGGAAAUGGUAGAUAAAUUUCGCAGUUCUGUUUUGAUGAAUCAUUUAACAUAUAAUCUUUUUGAUUUUAUUAACAAGAGUAAUCAGGAGAUAUCUUUACGACAGAAAAGACUUGCGCGCCCUUUGAUCAGUUGGGAUAUUUCUAAAAGAUGUUUGUGCCCGUGGACAUCGACUUGGGACUACGACAAUAGCAGAAAUCCAGCAUUUAUUGCUAGGGCAAGGUGUGGCAAGAAGUGCAAUUUUAAUUUCACAAACUCAAACCUGUCGCAGAUAUCGAGCAUAUUGACAUCUUGUGAACCCUUUACAACAGAUAUCCGCAUAUAUAAAGAAAACAAAGAGACGUAUAUCAGGGACUGGCCAGUAGCUUGUAUUUGUACGAGGAAAGUGACAUCUAAAGUUCCAAAAAUAAUCAGGAAGAGAGUGAAAUCUAACGACAGAUUCAGUCAAAGAAAACGAUCACAUUUGAAGAAACAAAAGCGCAAAAGAAGAAGAAGAAAGAAAAGGAGACGCCAGAAACGUAGGUUGUACAAAAUAUCACGACGAAGACCUUUUAAAAAGAACCAUCAAGCUUAUUUUCCUUUCGUUCUACCUCACAGACAGUUUUGAAAAACAGAAUAAAUUUGCGAAAAGUGAGUUGAUCAAAGACGCAUGUUUGCUAAUAUCGCGGGGCAAGCACACGACAUUUCAAGAAAGACUCACGGUAUAUAUUUUUGGAGUAAAGAUAUAUUUACAUAUGUUAAAGUUAUACACUUUUUAUGCCCCCAAAGGGAGGCAUAUAGUUUUUGAACCGUCUGUCGGUUUGUCCGCAAUUUUCGUGUCCGGUCCAUAUCUUUGUCAUCGAUGGAUGGAUUUUCAAAUAACUUGGCAUGAAUGUGUACCACAGUAAGACGACGUGUCGCGCGCAAGACCCAGGUCCGUAGCUCAAAGGUCAAGGUCACACUUGGACGUUAAAGGUCAUUUUUCAUGAUAGUGCAUUCGUGUCUGGUCCAUAUCUUUGUCAUCCAUGGAUGGAUUUUCAAAUAACGUGGCAUGAAUGUGUACCAAAGUAAGGCGACGUGUCGCGCGCAAGACCCAGGUCCGUAGCUCAAAGGUCAAGGUCACACUUAGACGUUAAAAGUCAUUUUUCAUGAUAGUGCAUUCGUGUCUGGUCCAUAUCUUUAUCAUCCAUGGAUGGAUUUUCAAAUAACUUGGCAUGAAUGUGUGCCACAGUAAGUCGACGUGUCGCGCGCAAGACCCAGGUCCGUAGCUCAAAGGUCAAGGUCACACUUAGACGUUAAAGGUCAUAUUUCAUGAUAGUGCAUUGAUGGGCGUGUCCGGUCCAUAUCUUUGUCAUUCAUGCAUGGAUUUUAAAAUAACUACGCAUGAAUGUGUGACACAGUAAUACGACGUGUCGCGCGCAAGACCCAGGUCCGUAGGUCAAAGGUCCUAAACUCUAACAUCGGCCAUAACUAUUCAUUCAAAGUGCCAUCGGGGGCAUGUGUCAUCCUAUGGAGACAGCUCUUGUUGUCAUAUAUUAUGUAUUAUGUGAAAGACUAUUAGAGCUUGAAAUUAAUGUGUCUUAUCAAAUGAACUAAUAUAGAUAUAUGAAGUUGAUAGUUUACACAGAUCAAAGAAACGUUUCUGAAUGGUAUUUUAAUAAUGACAUCGUAUUUUAUUAUAUAUAUAUAUAUAUAUAUUUUAUUAUCAUUAUUAUUAAAUUUUAACUAUUUCAACAAUUUAAUACAAAAUAAUCCUCUGCUUCUAAUACACAGAUUCUAUUCAGCUAAUUUUGGUACAUGUUUGUUAUCUCUUUGGUAAAAUUUCUUUAAUGUAUACAUAAUUUCGAUUUACAGAUCAUAAAACACCAGAUGAACAAAAUGCUCGAUUUAUUCAAUGUUUCAAGCGGUCCAAACAUAGCAAAAAUAAUGAAAUGAACGCAAACUAUAUUGAUUUCCCGAGGCAGCUUCGGUGUUUGAGAAGUCGACAGAGCGGUUUCUCAUUGUAUUUGUUUUUGAAACAAAAUGAUAGUCUAUAUCAGAAGGCAUCUGCAAAAUCAUGCCAGAAAUAAAUAUGCAUAAAGUGUAAUAUUUUAGUAUAGUUGCGUCUACAUUGAAAUAAGAAUUACAUAUCAAUGAUAUGGUGGAUGCAUUUAUCGACUUUCUAAGAACUAAUUAUGUCCGGAUACUGCCUGGAGUGCAGUUAAGAUAAUAUUUAAUACUUAGAAUGUUAUCGCAUAUCCGGAUUUUGAAAUUUCUUAGAUACAUAGCCGGAUCUUCAAACAUAUUAAAGCUGAAAGUACCCACUUGCGUAUCCUGCUGUGAAUAUGACAAUUAGAACGGUGAUCAGGAUACGUAAGAAAGUAUUUCAGCUUAACGAAACUUUAUGUUUAAAGAUCCGGUCGAACUUACCAAACAGCACAGUUAAAGUAAAGUUAAAAUACAAAAAUAAAACCAUAAAAAUUAACAAGUAGCUGCUUUUAUAUAUCAAUAUUUUAGCCUGUCAGAUUUGCACGUUCGGACGAACUCGAUGCAUUUGACAUUUCAAAGAAAUAACAAAUUGACAGCUGUGACCAGGAACAAUGGAAAUUUGAGCGUUUGUUGGAACAACAAGAUAAAAAAACAAUGACCUGAUGUCUGUUCACAAUUUAUUUUAAUAUAAUGGAGUACAAUGUCUCACCAUUUUCCUGUACUAUAAACACUCUUGAAACAAAAGAAUAAAGUAAAGUUUGAAAAAGGCCUGAAAACGUGCGACAAAAUAAAUUCACAGCAUUAAAAAGGACUUUCAGUAAAAUACCCUCUGACAUUGUAGUAAGCAGUACAGUAAGGAGACAAAUGGAAAAUAUAAUUGCAGCGUACUUCGUUUGUCUUGUCGAACUGAGGUAGAUAUUUCCUGUUUCAGGUAAUAGCUAUCUAUCCAGUCAAUUAUGUCACUAGUAAUAGUUUGUUUUGAACAUGCUAACGUAACUUUAACAAACCAUUCUAUCUACACAUGAAAAUAUUAACGCAUAACUGUUUAAUUCGACAGCUGUGUAAAUUUAUCAUUUGUAUUGACCCUUGUAAGCUAGACAUGGGACAUGAAGUUAGCAAGACUUUGAUUAUAGCAUCUAAUCGGUAUUUUAAACUUUACAAAAAACUGCUAUAGAGAUAUGAAAUAUGCGACUUCUUGACAUUGAGUAAGAUCAUA